GAGACCCCGCCGCGGGCAUGUUCCACCAGUCGCCCGCCCUCCGUGGUCACGAUCCUAGGGCCGGGAUGACCCGCUCCGAGCUGCUCCUAGCCGCGGCCACCGGCACGCUGCUGUUGGCGCUGGCCGCCGCGGUGCCCCCCACGCCAGCGCCGGGCAUCGCGAGCGCGACCGCGGGGGCUGCUCUGCAGGACCAAGGUUCUUCGUUGGACUUUGACUCUGAAAUACCGCCCGCACCUACCGACUUAACAGCAGACGAGAAAGAGACUAUUAAAUCCUUGUUCGGUUCAGACGUGCUGAGGGGUGAUCUCCAUCUGAGUGAAAACCAAGCAGAUUACGAUGCUCCCGCUCCCACCAUGAUGCUGAGAACUGAAAGCCAAAAUCUACUUAUGAAUCCAUCAACCUACAGCGUGCCUUCCCAAGCCUACCCGUUGUACUUCGUCGCAUUCCAGGGCAGGCGGUACCCCGUGUACGACAGCACCGUCUCGCGUUCAUUGGGAUACCUGCAGUGGGUGCGACAGCGGCAGCGGAAGAAGCUACUGGAGCAGCAGCUCAGGACGCUUCUUGAAAAGCAGCAAGAACAGCUACGGGAGCAGAUCGUCAACCUGGACGAGCAGGAAGCCGCUCUGGAGAAACAACGAAGCGCAGUUCAGGAGCAGCGGCAAAGAUUGUGGACUCAGAGGGAAGCUUUGCGGGAGCAGCUGGGCGUUUUGCAGCAGCAGGAGAAAGAGCCCACCCCGUUCUAUUUGGCGCCCGUCAAUUUUUUGAGACCUGCCGCGAUGCCCUCGUGGUCCGUCAGUCAAGAUCCAAGCCUGGCCGAAGAGCAGCUAGGCGAGGCCGGGAGAUUCGUCAUCACAAUCCCAGGACCCACCACCGUGGUGGCCAACCAGGCCCUGGCUGCCCCGGCCGCCCCCAACGCGUCGAGCGGGCAGACUCGUCAGGGCGGCGCUGCCCCGGCAGCUGCCCCCGGGGCUGCCUAUGGCGGAGUAGUCACCCCUGGCGUCCCCGAUUCUCUUGCGCAGUUCUCUAGAUCACAGGCGGCUGCUGGCAAGAGCUCGAGCAAUGUGUAGCUGUGUAGCACUAUUUUGAAUGAUAAGAAGCAGCGCCCAGUGACCGAGUGGCAAUGUUUAUCGCAGAAUUAAUGAAACGUCCACCUCUUUAAGCCCUUCUUUUUCUCAGCUAAUUCUACACAAAGUCGUCGCACAGAUAAAAAGAAUGCCCUUAUCAGCAAUUUGUGUCCGAGUGUUGUUAACAAUAAAUUCAUACAAAAUGUAUUAUCUAACUUGUCAUACUAUUGCUAUCUUUUUUUUUUUAACUCGACAAAAUGUAAAUUUUGUUUUUGCCACUCGUUUGUGAUUGUCAGUGCUAUGUAAUCCAUCAAAUGGAAUAUACCGUCAGUUAGUUAAUCCA